AGUGGGUUUUGUUGACCUCCCACCCCUCAGUGUGUGUGUGUGUGAUAGCUGAGUGUGAACAGCGCGUCUCAGGACCAUGGAGAGCUCAGGGCUUCUCUCUGCACUCCUCUUCAUCGCUCUGUUCAUCUUCAUCUGCAGCGGGCAGGCUUCACCUGAGAUAUCUGCAGAGGAUGGCAGGAACGCCGAGGUGACCCCUGAGAAAGAACUGAUUGAAGCAAUGGAGGAACUUCUGGGGAGAUUUCAGGACAAACUGCCAUCCACAGAGAAACGAGCCAUUCCCAGGUGUUUGGUUGGGUCUCGCUGUGCGAUGAGGUUGGGUCCACGCUUCGGUCCGCUGUGUGAAUGCAGCCGAGGAAGCUACUGCAACUCGAUCCUGCUCAAGUGCAUCUGAAGCUCCAGCAGAGUCUCUGAGCUCCAUCACUGCCUGAACUACACCACUGCACGCUUUGGCAUACGAGAUACAUUUAGGGGGAUAUUCUAACAGGAAAUGUGUUGCAUUUGGAGAUUUUUUGCCUUAUUUAGCUAGUGAGCAUGAGUUUUCGGUUUUUGUCUGUUUGUUUUUUAGGGCUUAUGCACUUGGUGGUUUGCUUUCUUAAUAGUCUCUUGUAAGUAAAACUGUACAACAUUUGUGUAGUUAACAACACAUGAAAAACACAAAUUUAGGAGUUUUUUUUUGACUACAUUCACUGUAGAAUUAGUAAAGAAGCAAUUUAGACACAUCUUCAUCACACAGCUUUUAAUGCAUUCAAGCUUCUCUCACUGCAGUUUCUGAGUUUUUCAGAGGGAGCAAUACAAAUGUUGUACCUUCUAGUGGUUUCCACUGUUUUACAGGUUGUUGAUUGAAAGCUUCUGUUGCUGAAGCACAGCAGCUUGACAGCUGGAGCAGUUCUGAAUAGGAACAAUGGAUGGCAUGUAACACUGAAGUAAUUAUAUAAUAUAGAGUAAUCUUUUCACAAUAAACACCUGUUUUCAUUUACUCAGCACUUG